CAAUUCGAGCAAGUUGUUUCAUGCAUUGCUUGCAUAUUUAUUUGUUAAAUCUUGUAUAUAAAAUAUUUGUUACCAUUUGCUUUUAAUUAGAAUGUCAAAAGAAUUAAUUAUAGAAGAUAAAACAUAUUUCUACGAUUGUGCAGUUAAAGGAAAUGUCAUAGAAUAUCUGUUAUACGAUUCCGGUAAUAAUUGGAUAGCAACAAAAACGAGCGAGGAAGUGGCGCAUACUUUGCAGCUGUUGAAUAAGCGCAUAAAAUAUGACGUUCAAAUUGCGUACGAUACAUUGCAAAAUACUCAACCGGAAACUGCCAGCUGGGUUAAGAGUAACGAUGAAGUCGAUGGUAUUGCUGAAUUGGAAAGGGUUUUGAAGUUAAAAUAUCGUAUUAAAGGUUGCCCAUUUAAUUUUGAAUGGCGUUUAAAACGGAAUGAAGAUAAAAAACUCACAAUACAGUUACCUGUUAAUCAUGUUACACGUUUAGUGGAUACAUUGCCGUCAAAAAUCGAAGAACUUUUGGAUGUCUUACAGCGCAAAGAGCGAGAAAUCAAGCAAUACCGACUAGAAAAAGGAAGCUUGCGAAGAUCUACACUUGCUACGCCUGACUUCGAUGUGGAACAGUUUCGUGAAGAAUAUGCCACUGCAGAAACCAGUGUUAAAUCACUUCAAAAUUUUUUAACGCAUUGGCGUAUGGAACAUGGUGUAAUAAGCACAAUACAAGAGGAAGAAAAUGCCAGACCCAGUAGUAGCUGCACGAAGAAUGCUGUUAAAAAAGAAGAAGAGGAAGCUGGUACGAGUUCUCCCAGUAGAAGCAAGCUUAUAAAGGAAAGUCCACGAAACAAGAAACGCAAGGCGCUGCAAAAUUACAAAACACAAAUGGUACGCACACUAAAGACAAGCAAAAAACAAUUGGAAUACGAAAGUCAAAGUCAGUCACUAAGCUAAAGUGAAAUACCGGCCGCUGGGGAUUUAGAAGAGACGAGCCAAAAUGCAAUAAGUAAUAAAAGAAAAGCGGAAAAUAGCUUACUCAGCAAUGAGGAUGAAUCAAUGGAAAAUGCUGUUAAACGGAGAAAAACAAUAGCUAAAACAACCGCCAGCAGUACACCAAAACCCUUGACCAACUCAAUUGAUGAGUGCAGUAGUAAAUCUACCAAGGAGUAAUAGCAAAAAAAUAUCACCACAGUGCACAAGUGCACAAAGACCAAAUACACGUCAACGUCGUCGUGACUAUGAAUCGCAAGGGAGUGUAC